CAGCAUCCAUAUAAAUUUUCCGCUGUCACUCCUGCAUCCCUUGUUGAAAUAAGUCAGUUUCUGGGAUUCCCCGAAGGACACGCAAUCUUCUGCGUCUUCGUCUCCCUUUUUUUCAAAAUGCUGGCAAACAAGCUCGGAAUUCAAGAUGUGGGUGCCCAGCUCACGGGGAAGUCCGUGUUGAUCCGCGUGGACUUCAACGUCCCGAUGAAGGACGGCGUUGUCCAGGAUGCUACUCGCAUCAAGGCCACGCUGCCGACCCUGGAGUACGCGCUGAGCAAGAACCCCCGAUGCCUCGUGCUCCUGUCCCACGCCGGUCGCCCCGAUGGCCGCGUUCAGAUGAAGUACACCCUGAAGCCUGUGGCCGCCGCUCUCCAGGAGUUCCUCCCUAAGAAGGUCACCUUCGUCGAGGACUGCGUCGGCCCCAAGGCCGAGGAGGCCGUCCAGGCGGCGAAGAACGGCGAAAUCCUGGUCAUGGAAAACGUGCGCUUCCACAUCGAAGAGGAAGGCAAGGGCGUCGACGAACAGGGCAACAAAAUCAAGGCUAGCCCUGAGGCGAUUGCCAAAUUCAAGGCAGACCUCACCAAGCUGGGUGACAUCUACAUCAACGACGCGUUCGGGACCGCCCACCGUGCGCAUGCAUCGAUGGUCGGAAUUGAGGUGCCUGUCCGCGCGGCGGGUCUCCUGAUGAAGAAGGAACUUGACUACUUCUCCAAGGCUCUGGAGUGCCCCGAGAAGCCCUUCCUGGCUAUUCUGGGAGGCGCCAAGGUUCGCGACAAGAUCCAGCUCAUCGAGAACAUGCUCGACCGUGUGCAGAUGAUGAUCGUUGCCGGCGGUAUGGCGUUCACCUUCAAGAAAGUCCUCGACAACAUGCCCAUUGGCGACAGUCUGUUUGAUGAGGAGGGUGCAAAGAUUGUUCCGGACAUCAUGGCGAAGGCGAAGGCAAAGGGCGUUGAAAUGCUCUUCUCCUGCGACUUCUUGUGCGCCGACAAAUUCGACAACAACGCAAACACUCAGAUUUGCGAAGACAAGACCGGCAUCCCCGACGGAUGGAUGGGCGUCGACAUUGGCCCCAAGACCGUUGAGAAGGCCACCGAGAUGAUCCUCCGCGCGAAGACCCUCGUGUGGAACGGCCCCCCUGGCGUGUUCGAGAUGUCGAACUUCGCCAAGGGCAGCAUCGCGUUCUGCGGAGCUGUCGCAAAGGCGACGGAGAAGGGAUGCAUCACCAUUGUCGGCGGUGGUGACACAGCCGCUUUGGUUGAGAGGGAGGGCUACGCCUCGAAGGUCAGCCAUGUCUCCACCGGUGGUGGUGCCUCUCUCGAGCUCCUCGAAGGCAAAACUCUUCCUGGUGUCGCGGCUCUGUCCAACAAAUGAAGCAGUCGCAGGAGUUCGUGAACCUCACCGCGGUUCCCUGCUUGUGAGACAUUCUCAGUUUUGAUACCGCAUAUUGUACAGUGCAUUCGCGUGGAGACGCGUAGAGACGCGUCGUGGGUGGAAACGCCCCGGAAGUGGCUUGCAUAACGUGACGAGCUACCGGGGACUCCGUCUUCACCGCGCACACUGUGUUUUCCAGUGCAUGGUUGCAUUCCUUUCAUAAGAAAAAACAAGUGCUCGGUGUCAUUCGUGGACCUGUGUUCUUUCCUGGGUACUAGGGAACCGUCGCUUCUUCAGAAAUUUUGCCGAGGGUGCCGCAGGAAAGCGUGUACUGUCAACGCGCUUCGGGACCAGAGGCUCUGACACAAAAUCAGACACCGUUUCUGCGCGUCCUGACAACUUCCACACCGCGACGAACCGCUGUGCCCGAACGCCACUGUGCCGCUCCACGGCAGCCAAAUGGUACAAACGCUUUUACUGGACGCGUCACACGGAAAAUCGCGAC